AAUCUCCUGCCUCUGUCUGUGGUACUGAAGCUGUCUCUCUCCGUGCUGCUAAAACACAUCAGAACGGGGGGUCACGUCACAGAGGAGCUCUGUUCAAAUGAACCACGCUUCUGUUAUCUGGUCGACUUGCUGUAGCCGGAUUGAUUCGGGGCUUUUUCCACUCUCGACAGCAGUUUACUUUGCGGCAGCGCUGUAGGACAGCGAGGUGCAGUGCUCCAGUCCUCUGCCCGUGAACGGAUUAGUCUGCGGGCUUACAGUGCAGUCUACCGAGACUUUUAACUAUGCUGUGCUGCGCUUUAAAGGAAUGCUGAUUUUCUCGGGAGGUCACUUACUCUAACAGGAAGUAGGGCUUUUAUCAUUCAUAACGAUUUUUAUAAAUUUCCAGUUGGAUAUUUUCUUUCUGGAUCUGGAAGUUCGUUAAAAUGGUUACAACGGAUCGUGGAGCGAACUGAUAACCAGGAAUACAAAUUGCAUGCAGUGCUUGUCCCCGCUUAUUUCUAUGAUUUCGUGGAGCUGGAGCGCAGUCAUGGUUCUUGCCAAGUUACAGGUUACGGAAACUAUCUUUCUCGUAUUGCUUACUGGACGUUACUGGUGUGCAUGUCGGCCAUAAUCCAUUAGUCCUAUUUUUUUUUAUUUUUUUGUUCUGAGGUCUGAAACUGGACUGGAACUGAGGAUCUGUUUCCCACCAGACCUACAACAAUGUGUAAGCUAAUGUUACUACGCGCUCACGUCUCAGUCUGGGGGAAAUUGGGUGCAAAGACAGCUGAGGCCAUCUCCCUAAAUGCCCAAAGACAGCGGAAAUCAUCUCUCCAAAUGCGCAAAGACAAGUAAUAUCAUCUCUCUAGAUGCGCAGAGACAAGUAAUACCAUCUCCCUGGAUGCACAAAGACAAGUAAUAGCAUCUCUCCAAAUGUGUAAAGACAAGUAAUGCCAUCUCUCUAAAUGUGCAAAAGGACAACAGACUCCGUCUCCUUGGAUACGUGAAGACAACCGAAGGCCUCUAACCCUGAAUGCAUGAGGCAGGAUGGACCCUUCGGUUCCGGCGACCUGCGUGCUGCUCCUCCUGGCCCUGAACGCCGGCGCCUCCCCGGCCUCCCUCAACGCCGAGGAUUACCCCGCCGCCGCGGACGAGGCGGAGCGGGCGGAGGAGGAGGCGGGCGGCGGCGGCGGCGGCAACGACGUCCUCUUCGACGACUACCGGGGCAAGGGGUGCGUGGACGACAGCGGCUUCGUGUACGCGCUCGGCGAGCGCUUCUUCCCGGGGCACUCCAGCUGCCCCUGCGUCUGCACCGGGGACGGCCCCGUGUGCGACCAGCCCGACUGCCCCAGGAUACACCCCAAGUGCACCAAGGUGGAGCACAACGGCUGCUGCCCCGAGUGCAAGGAGCUCAGGCGCCUGUGCGAGUACCGGGGGCAGACGUACAAGGUCCUGGAGGAGUUUAAGCCGUCUCCGUGCGAAUGGUGCCGGUGUGAGCCCAGUAAAGAGGUGCACUGCGUGGUGGCGGACUGCGCCGUGCCGGAGUGCGUCAACCCCGUGUACGAGCCGGAGCAGUGCUGCCCCGUCUGCAAGAACGGCCCGAACUGCUUUGCCGGUUCAACCAUCAUCCCGGCUGGUAUCGAGGUGAAGGUGGACGGCUGCACCAUCUGCCGAUGCCACAUGGGGGACUGGUGGAAACCGGCCCAGUGUCUACGCAGGGAGUGCCUCAACGGACACACGUCUCCAUAGCAAAGGGGCGGGGCUACAGUGUGACAUGGGCGGAGCUAAAAGCGCAGCAUGCCACGUGUGGGCGUGGCGGCUGGACGACAAUCCAGUGGAGAUCGGAGACCGUUUUCAUCUGGGAUUGGCCGAAAGGAUGCAGCGACUGCAGCAACUUCAUGCCACAGCAUUGGUUUUAUUAACUUCGAUAACUUUUAUUAUUAUUACUACUACUUGUUUAUGCUGCUCAAACAGACAGAUUGUCUUGGACAUUUGUGUUUCAACACAAAGUGCUUGCAUUGUUUAAAAAAAAAAAACAA